GGGAGGAGGAGCCGGGCGCUGUGAGCUGUCGGGCCGCUUCCUGGUCACCUGAGGAGGAGGAAGGAGCCCGCUGAGGCUCAGGGGUCUCCGGCGGGCUCGGGACCGGGCGCCAGCAUGGCUUCGCUUUUUAAGAAGAAGACUGUGGACGAUAUAAUAAAGGAGCAAAACCGAGAGCUAAGAGGUACGCAGAGGACUAUAACCAGAGAUAGAGCAGCACUUGAAAAACAGGAAAAACAGCUGGAAUUGGAGAUAAAAAAAAUGGCUAAGACUGGUAAUAAGGAAGCCUGCAAAGUUCUGGCCAAACAGCUUGUACAACUGCGGAAACAGAAAAAUCGAACGUAUGCUGUUAGUUCUAAAGUCACUUCUAUGUCAACUCAAACAAAAGUCAUGAACUCGCAGAUGAAGAUGGCUGGAGCUAUGUCAACUACAGCAAAAACAAUGCAAGCAGUUAAUAAGAAAAUGGAUCCACAAAAGACACUACAAACUAUGCAGAAUUUCCAGAAGGAAAAUAUGAAGAUGGAAAUGACUGAAGAAAUGAUUAAUGAUACUUUAGAUGAUAUUUUUGAUGCUUCUGAUGAAGAGGAGGAGAGCCAGGAUAUUGUUAACCAAGUGCUUGAUGAGAUAGGAAUUGAAAUCUCUGGAAAGAUGGCCAAAGCUCCAUCUGCUGCCAGAGGUUUACCAUCUGCAUCAACAUCAAAAGCUGCUACCAUAUCAGAUGAGGAGAUUGAACGACAGCUCAAAGCUUUGGGAGUUGAUUAACUUGAUGGCAAUAGUCUGCCUUCUAAUUGUUCAGCUGCAGACAGAUGUAAAAAGUGCAAAUACUUUGUCAAUGCAACUGAUGCCUAGGAAAACUCUGAAGCUGCAGAAAUGAUAUCUUCAAACUGAUACUCUGAAGGGAGAAGGAGACCACUCUGAAUCAACUGAUAGGGAGAAUAACACUUGCUGUGUCCAUUGCAUGCCAUUGUCUUGAGCAGUGGACUGGGUAGGGAUGUAGCUCUAAUGAUAAAUUUAUACACGGUCUGAAUUCAUUCUCUGUUGAAUUCAAAGUUUUCUUCUCAGUUCCUUUUCUGUCCUUAAAAUUGGCAGUUCUGUAGCUGGUGGUGUUAUCUCCUAGGAUAGCACCUGUAUAAUAUAUAUCAUUUUUAUAAAUCUAUUCCUAUAGAAGAAUUAUUAGUCUGUCAUCUUGGCAGAAACGAAACUUCACCUUUACUCUUAGCUGAAAUUAUUUUGUUUUGAUGAGAAAUAGCCUUGAAAGUCCAGCAAUUUAGGCAGAAAGAAAAAGCAGUUUAUGCACUUGUUUCAAGUUUCUGCAGUAACUUUUAGUUGACUAAAUAGUUGAUUAUUCUUUUUGUCAAAGGAGAAGGAUACAGUCGUGCAGUUAAUUCUACUGGGAAGGGAUUUAGAUAUUAGUGAACUUCAAUGCAUGAAAGGCACUGAUUGAACUCUAUUGUACUGUAACCUAACAGUAUUCCUGUGCCUUUAUGUAUAUAAAUCUAGUAUUCUGGAUUAUUUUUUUUCCAGGAUGAGUCAUUGAAAGGAGAGUGAAAUAUAAGACAGUUUCCACAAAACAUUAUGGCAAGAGCUCUGAUCAGCCUUAGUGAUGUUUAGAAAUGUACCUGUUCAGAAAUGCUACUUCUACAUCUGCAAAAAGGACACUUGCCUGAAACAUUUGUAUAUAUUUUACAGUAUUUCUUAAUGGGAGGUAACUGUGCAUAGUUGAGUUUAUUAAGAUAUAAUUGAGCACACUGAUUAUAAACUAAAUCUAAUUCUCAGUUACGAGGACAAUUUUGGAUGAUACAUGAUAAUUACUUGUCAAAACACUACAAUAAAAGCAUUCUACUUCCAUUAA